AAGUAGAAUUUUGCAUGGAAGAAAACUGUAAACUGAAGACUGGAGAGUUCCAAAAUGUAAUGAAAAGCGGCUCUUUGAAAGGACUUGAAGCAACACGAAGAAGAGUAGAUUCCCAUCCUUUGAAGAUGGCAAAGAGGAAACAGCAGGUGGAGGGGGACAUGAGGUUGCUGAUAACUGCCAUCACUGGUUUAGAAGUUGGAGAUGAGAACUUUGACCUAUGUGUGAAUUUUUCCAAGUCAAAUUUCAAGUACCACAGAUUCCUGAGUCCAGACAGCCACAAGCUUGAGAGAGCAGUUGAAGGACUGUGUGAGAAACUGGAGGUGCACUCCCAGCAUGAGAAAGCAGUUGCUCUGAAGGAGAUGGUGGAGUCAUUCUUACAGCUGCCUGGCUUGGACGGCAAGGAGGUUGGCAAGACUGAUGUGCACUACGCUGUGCUCUCCCUUCUGCUGGAACUGGCCGAUUCUCCGACAAAGACUCACUUUGAGAAGAAGGUCAAGGAUAUUGUGGAAGAGCCGGUGGACACGUUUGACUGGGCCAAAUAUCUGUUGGACUCUGUGGACCUCAACUUCAUGUCAUAUGCCUCGUCAGACUCGGAGGAGGACGAAGAGACUUUAGACGACGGAGAUGAUGAUGACGUUGAUAAAAAUGAUGUUUCAGACAACAGGCGCACUCGUGGAAACCAAAGCAGUGUCCAGUCUGACAAAAUGGCUGGUGACGACGAGACGCUGGGGACAGGUUACCGGUCACAUGACCUCAGCCGAGUGUCACAGGAAGAUGAGUCGGCCCGCCUGGACAAGCUGCUGGUGGUUCGGUACUGGGAGGGUCGCAGCGUGGAGGAGACGUGUGCCGGGGACCACAACAACUCCAACCUCAUCAGAGACUGGAAUGCCUACAAGAGACAAAUGAAUGAGUUUGAUUGCCCAGUGGCCAAUGUUGUGGUCACUGAGACUCAGAUCAUCAGAGAAACUCUAUGGAUCUUGAUGGGUAUCCCAGACUCUUUUAUCUUCAAGCACUCGGGCAAAGAGUUCAGCCUCAACCCUGAUGUGUACGUCAUGCAUUUGUCCACUGAAAGUCUGGAGUGCUCCCUGCGGCCACUCAUGAGAAAGGCCAAUCAGGUUCACGCUUUGUCCACGUUCGUCUCCGACCUGGUGGCCCAGAACUGCGGAGGAGACACUGGGGCUCCCCCACCACAGACGUACCAGGCAUUCGGGUCUUGUGUGUUCCGCUUCCUGUCAGACUUCAAGAGCUUUCUGGUGGGGCUGGAGCAGGAGGUCAUGAGACAAGAAAAGCUGAUAACGCUGGACAAGCUGACCUCUAACCUUCGCUCCUGGCUGCCAAAACUUCAGGCCGUGCACGGUGUGUACAUCUGUGGGGUGGCCCAGGCCUCUCACCACCACCGCACGGCCAACAACUGUGUCAAGGCCACGGCUCUGCUCGACACGCUGUAUGAGUCUGUGUUUGAGUCGGAUCUACUCUGUGGAGUGGACGGGGAGGGAGUGGGAAAGCUGCUACUCCGGAUGUUGAUAGCGUGCAGUGAACCACUGCUGAGGAUUGCCAGUGACUGGGUCAACUGUGGACAUCUUAUGGAUCCAGCCGGAGAAUUUGUCCUCCACAGAAAUACAGACAUCAAAUCUCUGGAUGAGACGUUUUGGGAGAAAGCUUUUGUCUCCAACCUCAACCAGGAUGAGGAAGACGAUGCAGAAACAGCAGCCACAACAGAGUCUCAGCCCCUGGCAAAUGUCAGCGCCUCGUCUCAGAGAUCUGGGACUUUGUCCUCAUCUAUUCCCAAUGCCGCGGAGAGAACUGUCUGUGUGGAGCCUGCCUUGUAUCCCAAGUUUUUGGGUUCGGUCCUGGGUAAAGUGAUCCUGACGGGAAAGUCGAUGGAGAUGCUGGAGAAUCUUGGGAGAAUGGAAGAGGCUCUGGAGAUUGGAGCAAACUUGCUUGAGCAACCUCAGUCCCUGUUUAACCAUUUCCUUAUGCAAAUGGGGAAAAAACUCAACUCUGUGUCAACAUCUCUGUCCAAAGAGAAAAUUCCAGAAACUGAAACAGCUGAUGAGAAUUCUGCCAUUGUUGCGCCGACAAAGACCCCGAAUCUAGUGAGUAAGCAACUUCUGCAGAAGGGCGAGAAGGACACAUUGUUGCACCUGAACUUCUCCGCACUGUUCUCACAGGAAGGCAGAGGGGACAAGAGUGGUCCACAUGUAGAAGACAAUGUGGCAGCUAGUGACUCGACCCCCAUCAAGAGCCAAGUUUUACGUAUGUGUGAGGAGAGCCUGGGACCAUACGUGGCCUCCCGCUACAGCAGGGUCUGCUCGCGUCUGCUGCACAUCCUCAAGUCAGAGUACAACCUGGUUCAAUGUAUCCAUGCCAUGCAGAGAUAUUUCCUGAUGUCCUCAGGGGAGGUUAUGUAUGACUUCUACAGAUCUGUCUUCCUCAAGAUCCAGAAACGAGAGAUGUGGAAAGACUCUGACCUUCUGGAGAUGUUCCUGCAUGAAGCUGUGGACGGCAGCUACCCUGAGGACACAACCAGGUUGUCGGUGUCUGUAGUCCCACUGUCAAGGUCACAGACAGAACACGCCAUCAGCGAAACAGACUGCAUCCAGUUGAAGUAUCAGGUACCGUGGCCGGUGGACGUGGUCAUUUCCAGCAGCUGCCAAGAUCAAUACAACGACAUCUUCAACUUUUUGCUGCAGAUCAAAAGGUCAAAGUUCACCCUGGAACAGCUGAAAUUUGAAGAACUGUCCAAGAAGCUCCCAGAAGUGGCUGGGCUUGAAGGACAUCCCUCCUUCAGCAACACACUCAUGGAAGACGACCCAAUGACUGUCGGUCAGCGUCUACACCGCUUUCAGCUUCUCAAGUUUCGACUGCUCUACUUUGUCAACAGCCUACACAAUUACAUGAUGACCAGGUGGAGUCUCUGGCUUUUGCCUUGGUGUCUUCUCUCCAGAACGUUCCUCAAGGACCGUGAACUUAGACCAUGUGAUAUAGAGACUGAUUGAUCUGUCUGUUUGUGAUUAUUCAAAUUAUACUGCUGAUAGAGUGUGCCUGACAUGUAUGUAUGGAAAAGAGGCAGAGAGGACUGAGUGUGUAUGUGUGGGUGUGUGUGUGUUGUAGGUGUGUGUG